AUGAAAUAUUCUCCGAGAUCGGAAGGCAAAAAAUUCAUCAUCCCUUCUUUCUUCUUCAUCAUAGCUCUCUGUGUGUUAGCUUUCAUCAACGAGAUCAGAUUCGACAGUUUAUUGAGUUUCGGACGAUGUGCUUUGUCUAAUGUUCCGACGAAUAACGGUUCAUCGGAGACUCCAUUGUUGUCUUCUUCUUCUUCUUCUUCAGAUGAUGAUGAAAUAAGGAUUCUUAUCGGAAUUCUUACACUUCCCGAUCAAUACCCACGUCGGCAUUUUCUCCGGAUGAUCUACGGGACACAGGCUAUUCCCGACGGCGUUAAGAUCGACGUGAAGUUCGUGUUCUGUAAUCUGACUAAAGAAGACCAGAAAGUGCUUGUCGCUUUGGAGAUCAUGCGUUAUGACGACAUCAUCAUACUCAAUUGCAAUGAGAAUAUGAACAAAGGCAAGACCUACACUUACUUCUCAAGCUUACCAGACCUAUUCAACGAAACCGAUUCGCAAAACCCACCGUACCAUUACGUAAUGAAAGCAGACGACGACACAUACAUAAGACUAGAAAGCCUCGUCGCAUCUUUAAGACCAUUACCUCGAGAAGAUCUCUACUACGGCUACGUCAUUCCAUGUCCAAGCAUGGACCCGUUCGUACAUUACAUGUCAGGAAUGGGUUACUUGGUCUCGUGGGACAUCGCUGUUUGGCUCAAAGACUCGGAGAUUCCAAAGAAACAUCUAGAAGGUCCUGAAGACAAAGUGUUUGGCGAUUGGAUUCGAGAAGGAAGACGAGGAAAAAACCGGUUUAACGCUAAGUGGUCCAUGUAUAACUUCCCCGAGCCACCGACUAGGUGCACACAUGAGCUUUGGCCUGAUACUAUUGCUGUUCAUUUGCUGAAGAACCAAGAGAAGUGGAUACGGACGUUGAACUAUUUCAAUGUUACUAGCAAUCUUAAGCCUUCUAAAUUAUACCACAUACCGUAG